AGUUGCAGCAAGUCCUCCCGUCCUCUCCCAACAUGGCGCCGCUAACCUGCUGAGCUGCCCCAGCUCCCGGUCCCGCAGCCCCCCCCUUCACCGAGACAUGCUCGCAGCGCCCGCCGGACAGCCCUAGCCAGCCAGCCGAGCUCCGGAGCCGCACACAGACCGCAGUUCGGGCCCAGCCCCGGAGCCCUCCUUUCACAGCACAGCCGGAGCAGGAGGCCCUAGCAGCCGCCGCCGCCAUGGCUCACUCCCCGGUAGCUGUCCAAGUCCCCGGGAUGCAGAACCACCGAGCUGAUCCAGAAGAGUUAUUUACGAAGCUGGAACGCAUUGGGAAGGGUUCUUUUGGAGAAGUAUUUAAAGGAAUUGAUAACCGGACUCAGCAUGUGGUUGCUAUUAAAAUUAUCGACCUGGAAGAAGCAGAGGAUGAAAUAGAAGAUAUACAGCAAGAAAUAACAGUCCUUAGCCAGUGCGACAGCCCGUAUGUGACUAAAUACUAUGGAUCCUAUUUGAAGGGCACGAAGCUGUGGAUCAUAAUGGAAUAUUUAGGCGGCGGGUCUGCCUUAGAUCUACUGCGUGUUGGUCCAUUUGAUGAAUUUCAGAUUGCUACCAUGUUGAAAGAAAUCCUGAAAGGUCUAGAUUAUCUUCACUCUGAGAAUAAAAUCCACAGGGACAUCAAAGCUGCCAAUGUCCUGCUUUCAGAACAAGGAGAUGUAAAACUGGCUGACUUUGGAGUUGCUGGACAACUUACAGAUACACAAAUUAAACGAAACACAUUUGUUGGCACACCUUUCUGGAUGGCUCCAGAGGUCAUACAGCAGUCUGCCUAUGAUUCUAAGGCUGAUAUUUGGUCUCUGGGAAUUACUGCAAUUGAACUUGCCAAAGGCGAGCCCCCCAAUUCUGAUAUGCAUCCCAUGAGGGUCCUGUUUCUCAUCCCGAAAAACAACCCACCCACUUUAACUGGAGACUUUAGUAAACCAUUCAAAGAGUUUAUUGAUGCCUGCUUAAAUAAGGAUCCCACGUUUCGUCCAACUGCAAAAGAAUUGCUGAAGCACAAAUUUAUUGUGAAGAAUGCCAAGAGGACAUCUUACCUAACAGAGCUGAUUGACAGGUUUAAGAGAUGGAAGGCAGAGGGACACAGUGACUCUGGAUCAGACGAUUCUGAUUCCGAGACCAACAAUAAAGAGAAUAACCUGCACCCAGAGUGGAACUUUACUACGGUUCGGAAGAAGCCAGAUGCAAAGAAAUUGCCGAAUGGAACAGACCAAGAACUUGUGACCGCUUUGAGCUCUUUAUCUGUAAUUAUUGCACCCGUGUUUGCUGAGCUUAAACAACAAGACCGGAAUAACACAGUGAGAAAAAAUGCAAUUGAAGAACUUGAGAAGAGCAUGAAUAUUGCUGAGACCACUUAUCCAGGGAUAACUGACAAGAUGGUAAAGAAACUCAUGGAGAAGUUCCAAAAGUUUUCCGUCAGUGACUCCUAAGUGUCUUCUGAUGACUAUGACAUCACUGUUAUCAGAAAAGGAGAGGGAUACCCACCAAAACUACUCCAAGCCUGGCCAUGCUUAGCUUUUUCAGCUCCUUGUGCCUUUUGGAUCUUUGCAAAAUACAACAUUGACCAUGAUCAACAUUUACGAAGCUCCAAUUUUCUUUUUCUUUUUUUUUUUUUCUCCCUCAUUUCUUUUUCCUUUUUUUGUGAUAGUGUAAAUGGUUUUAUAUUUUCAGGAAAUAAUUUUGUAAAGACUGAUAACUUUUAUUACUGUUUUCAUCUUUUGUUUAAUCCUGUAAAUGUCGAUUUGCUGUUUUGCUCUUGGGUAACAGUUGCUGAGUUAGUGAGAUGUGCAAGUAACAUUAUGUUGUGAUUGUGUUGCACUGUACACUGAUGGAAUCUACUGGUUUUUUUUUUUUUUCUUCAUGAAUUUUUUUUUGUUUUGUUUUUUUUUGGGUAAACUUUAGCCAUUUCUUUAGAGUUGAAAUAAGUGGUGGGAUGUAGGGAGUGGACUACAGCACUUCCACUUAGCAGGGGUAAAUUGUUGCUGCUGUACAGUAAAGCAUUUACUUGUGACACCUCUGACUCGUAUAGACCAUGAGCAGGCUCUCAUCUGUACUAAACUUUCAUCAUACUAGUUAAAUUGCCACAACAUUUAACUCAUUGUGUGCCAGAGAGGCAUCAAAGUGACCUUUUUGGCCCACAAGCGUUAAGGUUCUAAUCAGCUUUCCUUUUCGAUUGACUAUGCCAAGUGGCACAUACAAGAACACAUAUCACUACACUGCUCUCUCACUGUGCAUAAUUUUUUUUUUUUUAAAGCAUCCAGGGUAUAUGGU